UAGUGACACUUGAAUUGUAACCUAACCUAAGAUAUUUUCAAAUUUAUUAAACAAUUUUGUUUUGGAAUUGUACGAUAUGGAUGUAGUUAAUGAAGUAGUCGUUCCAACGUUCGUUAACGCGCACUUAUUUUGGAUAAUUUACAAGAAAGACCUGCUUUUACGAGCAGCAAUGAAUAAAGUAAUGAAAAGCAGUCGAUGUGCAAAAGUUAAGAGUCCAGGCGAACUUGCAGAUGAUCAGAUUGUGGCUGUUAAUAUUGAAGAAGUGUGGGCAAGAGGAAUAGUUCAAGACAUAGAGAAAGAUUUUGGAAGUGAUUUUAAAUACAAAUGUUGGCUUCCAGAUUACGGGACUAUGAGAAUUGUAACGAAUAUUUACCUUUUACCUAAAGAAUUAGAAGACUGUCCACAUAUUGCCAAACAAGCUAGUCUAGAAAAUGUCGUUAAUUUAAUGACGGAUUUAGUUCUCGGAGAUAGUGGAUAUGAAUUCCAAUUCAAAACUACAACUAAUGACAUAGAAGGUGUCCAAAGAGUUGCUAAUGAUUGUCUUGAGUCAGCAGAAAAAAUAUUUUUUCAAGUAAAAAGAGAAGACGAGUUUAACAUGUAUGGGGAUAUUGUUUGUGUUUAUCAAGACAGUGUUCAAGAAUCACUUACUGAAUAUUUAAUUGAUAAGAAGCUAUUAAAAACUGAUGAAACAUUAUUCAAAACACUGGAAACCAGUAGAACUACUUUUAAAGACAAUUAUUUUCAAUAUAUAUUAAAUAUGCAACAACCGUUGGAUAAGACAGAAACAAGAAAUUUAAAUAGGAUUAUUUUCAACCAAAACAAAAGUCUCUCAAUGAAUUUCUUCAACCGAAAUUUUGCAUUGAAUGAAAACCACAAUGGAUACUAAAUGGGGUACUUUACCGCUGAAGCCGUAUGAAUUUUUUUACCUAGGGACAUUUUUUACCCGCGAAAUUUAGUUGGUGCGCCUGUACGUCAUUUGUUGUUAACUGUCAAUUUAAAAUUUCACCGUUUUUUUACUUUAAAAGUAGUUUAUAUUCGUUUUAUUUAAUAAACAAUCAGAGGUACGAGCCAUGCAACCGGCGACAAUAAAUCCUAACCUAACAACUCCACAAACCUUCAGCUACAAAGACAUCCUCGUAAAGAAAUUAGCCCGUGCUGUGGCUUGUAGUGUAGUUUCCCAAAUCGUUAUACUUUUAGUUUAUAUAACAGUCGCCAAUAUCAAUAUUUUGUCCCCAGUGGAAUGGACAAGCUCAAUACUUAACACCUUCACACACUUGAGCACAUGGAUUUUUGUUAUUAUUUUUUCGUUGAUAAUAUUUGCACAGUGUUUGAUAUGUGCCAAAGAUUAUGUUCUGAUGACUUCGUAUUGUUCAACUCGAUUUCAGCAAAUUUGUCGCAUAUUUUCAGUUCACAAUUUUAUCCUUCUUCUACUUCAUGUUGUAACAGGAGGCGCAUUUGUUUGGCAAAUUCUUUCCGUCAUCGAAAGUAGUAAUCAAUCUCUAACGAUCAAAUGUGACGAGAAUCGUAGUUGUUUAGUUGAAGACGUUUUUUUCUUAAUAAUUGGGGGUUUUUGGACCGGUUUUUAUUUCUUCACAAAAGUGUAUAUUUCGACCAAGCAAUUAGUGUUUCCUGUUAUCCAACAACGGAAGUUUCUUCAAUUUCGAUCAAACAUUUCCGUGUUAUUUAAACAAAGUGUGGCAACGGCCGUUUGGCCCACUUUUUAUUUUGCUGUAUUUUAUUACUUAUGGGGCAAUGAAUUAGAAAGUCGUUUCAUGGCUUUUGUUAAUUUAGACAGAGCUUCCCGAGAGAGCAGCAUUUUAAUUUAUGUUUAUUUGUGGUGGUUUUCAACCUUAUAUUGCUUUAGUAACAAUUUGAUGCGAUUCUUUUUCCAUUUAUUUCUCACUGAACCUGUACAAUUUCCGAUUGUUAAGGAAAAUAUUUACAUUUUGACGCUACAAGAAGCCAUAAAUAUGGAUAAUCUUCCAAUAAUUCAGAACCUGGCAUGUUUGGAUUUAUUUUUAUUGUCUCAAUGGUCCCCAAUGCGGCGACAAUUACUUUUCACUUUGUCUCAACCUGGAGGGCAUCCCCACAAUUGGAACUCCUUGACUGAAAGUGUUUUAAAACUAUUUACGGAUUACACCAACCUUUUGAAGAAAUCUACAGAACACCCGACGCAAGAAAAACCGAAGAAGCAAACUGAAACCAUCUUUCCAUUUUUGGUACAAUCACCACAAACUGAUCCAAGACUUAAAUUCAGGAAUUUAAGAAAUUUGUCAAUGAGUGGCGAGUUUUUGGAUGUUGUAAAUGUCACGCAUAAUGGAUCCUCAAAUACAGUUAAAUCGUUCAAGGAGAAUAUUGAUGAAAGUGUUCAGAAAGUCGUUUCUUUUGUGAAGAUUUUAUUUGGGAUUAAUUUCCUGUUCGGGGAGUUGCCUCAAGUCAACAUACAGAAGUGUUUAGGGAAUGGACAGUUGAUAAUUUGGUCAAGUCAGGGAAUUUCCGAAUUGACGGCUGUUUCAUUGGUUGAGGAUAAAUAUGGCAUAGUUCAGAAGGAUUUACCAGUGAUUAUAUCAACUUUAGUUCAGUUGAAACAAAAUUUAGACAAAUUGAAUAAAGUUCCAUCUUUGUCAAGAAAAGUCGCAGCUUUGGACGAUUUCAAUUACCGGAUGAAAAAUGCAAUCACUGCAGCCGUGAAACAUAGUUUAUUUAAAAUUUGUUUGAAUUUUGGGGAAUAUUUUGGCGAUGUUCCGCUUAGUAAAGACGUCUUGCAUUAUUUGCAGAUUAAUUUUAUGUUAAAAACUACCAACUAAGCUUUGCUUCAAUUAAGACUGUAUGUUUUUAUUUAAUAAAUUUUUUGGGAUAA